AUGUUCAAUUCCUACAAACAAGGUGGAAUGCAGCCACAAGGUAAUAGCUACUUUAAUCCACAGCAGCAGCAGCAGCAGCAGCAGCAGCAGCAAUUGAAUAAUGGUGCUUAUAACAAUUUCAAUUCCGGCUCACAACCUCAAUUACAGAACCAGCAAAGUUUUGAUAACAAUAUGUUUCAGCAGCCUCAGCAACCUCAGCAGCAGUCUCAGUUUGGUAACGGCCUUAUGAGUUCUGGUACUCCUAGCAACAAUUAUAUGCAAGUUCCUGGUGUCCAACAACAAGCAUCUUCCAUGUCAUCUUUACAACAGCAGCAACUUGGUGGCUUUUCGUAUAACUUUCAAAAUCAACCAAUGCAACAAGUCACCAAUCCUAAGAUGAGUCAACAUUUUAAUCAAGUUGGCUCAACGCCAUUGAACUUGGCGUUAUCAGCUUCCCAAAAUGAAAAUAUGAACAUGGGUUUCAAUACGCCCGUUCAGGAUUUUCAAUCUCAAAGCCAAGCACCUCUACAAGGUCAGAUGACUAACGCAACCUCGGCAACUAUGCCAAAUGGGAUUCAAUCCAUGAAUCAACCUCAACCACUGCAACCACUGCAACCUCAAAGUACUGGUAUGUUUCAACAACCAUUGCAACCUCAAAGUACAGGUAUGUUUCAACAACCAUUGCAAUCUCAAGGUACAGGUAUGUUUCAACAGCCUUUGCAAUCUCAAGGUACAGGUAUGUUUCAGCAAUCUCCAAUGCCAACUCAGCCUUUGCAGCCACAGCAAACAGGCUUUUAUGUGCAACAAAAUGCUGCUCCAUUGGAACCUUUAAGACCUACUGCUACUGGAUUCGUUAAUUCAUUUGCAAACAACGGUAUCAAUAAUGACUUGAACAUCCCGGCUGUCAGAUUAUCUUUUAUUACAGCCCAAGAUCAAGCCAAAUUUGAAACAUUAUUUAGAAGUCAAGUCCCAAAGGGAUCAAAUACCAUUUCCGGUGAAAAAUGUAGAAACAUUUUAACCAAAUCAGGUUUAGAACCUUCUAAAUUGGCUCGUAUCUGGACUCUUGCAGAUACAAAUAAGGCUGGUGAACUAUUAUUCCCCGAAUUUACUUUAGCAAUGUAUUUGGUUAAUCAAGUAUUGAAAGGUGAUUCUAUUCCUUAUGAAUUGAGUAGUAAAACUAAAAAUGAAGUUGAACAUUUUAUUGAUGUAAUCAAUAGUCAUAUUGUUAAUACUAACGAUAAACAAUCAACACCGUUUGACAAUUUAAUGGGUUUGUCUCAAAACUUCCAAUUACAACCUCAGAGUACUGGUAUGAUUCCGCCAACUUCAUUUGGCAUGCCAAUGCAAGUAACAGGUGGCACUUUACAACCUCAGUCAACUGGUUUCAUGCCCCAAACCUCUUUCGGUAUGCCAAUGCAGGCAACUGGUGGCGCUUUGCAACCUCAAUUGACUGGUUUUAUGCCUCACACUUCUUUUGGUGCUCCUUUGCAAAAUCAAGUUACCGGUGGUUUUACCUCUAACAUGGGCACGCGACAAAUACAGCCUCAAACUACUGGAUCUAUGGUUCCUGGAAUUUCUCAAAAUACCACAGGUAAUUUCGGUGCAGUUGGACAACCAUUCUUACAGUCUCAACCAACUGGUUUCUUGCCGCCUUCCAAUUUUCAAGCUACCUUGCCAUUAACUGCUCAGAAAACUGGUAUGGGUAAUAAUGAAAUUUAUACCCACUCCAAUUUUAUUAACAACUUGAAUCAGCCAGAACAAGAAACUAUUACACCAGAAGAAAAAUCUUUGUUUUAUAAAAUAUUUGAAACUUAUGACGUACAAAAGAAAGGAUUAUUGGAUGCUCCAACAGCAGUCGAAAUUUUCAGAAAAUCAGGUUUGAACAGGAGUGACUUGGAACAAAUAUGGAAUUUAUGUGAUAUUAACAACUCAGGCCAAUUAAACAAGCAAGAAUUUGCUCUUGGUAUGCAUUUAGUCUACAACAAAUUAAAUGGUAAAGUCAUCCCAAAUAGUUUACCUCCAAGUUUGGUACCAUCAAGUAACAAGAUUUUAGACAAUGUUAAAAAUCAAUUAAAGACUGCUCCUGGUGCUUCUAAUAAGAAUUCAACUUCAGGUAUAAAUGGUUUAAGCUACAAAAAUAAUGAUGAGGAAAAUAGUCUGCCAAGCUUCAGAAACCGUAGAAAAACAUUUAAUGCUGUUACUCCGGCUGUUGAGCAAAAUAAUGCUGAAGCACAAACAGCUCCAACAGAUCAAAAUUCUGCAAAGUUGCCAACUGCUAACACUAGCGAUGAUAAGGCUACAAAAUUGCAACACUUAAUUCGUGAAAGAAGAUCUCAAUUGGAAAUAGAAAUUUCAAAAAGUCGCCAAUUAUUAAAUCAAUCAUCGCAAAGCCAACAAUCAGAUUUAAGAAUCAUUCAGUCUUUACAGAAUAAGAUUAGAGAUAUCCCUGCCAUUGUUGAAUCCAUAAACAGUGAUACGCCUGCUGAUAUUAAUGAACGUAUCGAUAUGAUCUUGACAAAAUUACCAGUAUUGUUUGAUCAAAUUUCUGAAAUUGAAAAUAGUAUUAGUAGUGCAAAAAUUUCUCUUUACAACAUUCAAAAUCCAUCAGUGAUCGUUGCCUCUGGUAAAAAUGGUGAAAUAACAGAAGAAGAUAGGAAAAAAGCGAAGAGCAAGGCGUUAUUAAAAUCUAGAAUGGCUUCAUUGACUGGUAAAGGUGCCGAUGUGUCACCUUCUAUUGAAGAAGAAGAGUCUAGAUAUAAUGAAGCAAUUUCUAAUAUAAGAGCAGAGAAUGUCAAAAACAAAAAUAUUAUUUCUGAUAUCAGGAGAUCCAUAUCAGAAAUAUUUUCAUCCAUGAUGUCAACCGUCAGCGGCGGAACAAUAGGUGCCAGUCCUGCUCAAUUUGAAAGAUGGGAAUUUGGUGUUGGUCUUGAAAGUGAAGUCACUAAUUUCAUCAAAGAAUUGAAAAAUAAAACGCAGGUUAACUCAACUGAAUUAAAUAGCUCAAAAGAAGAUACAUCAUAUUUACAAGAACAAGCUAAUAAAAAGAUGGAGCAAAAACUUGCAGAACUAAGAUUAAGCCAACCUGGAUCUAAUAUUCAAAACUUUGUUAAAGAUCAUUCAAACAUGACUAUAUCUCAGAAUGAUACUGCAUCUCCAUUUAACAAAUCUGAAGAAGAAAGUGAUGAUGAGGAAGAAAAGAGAUUGCAACAAGAACUUGAUAGCUUAAAAGAACAGAAAAAAUAUGAAAAAGAAAAGAAAUUGGCUCAAUUACGCCAACAAUUAAAGGAAGAACGAGAAUCUGAGAAUGUAAAUGUAUCAGUUGAUGAAACACCAAUAUCAGCUGUUUCCGUGCCAACUUAUAAUAGCCCUCAACCUAUCCAAGAUACUUUAGCGACACAUCAGCAAAAUAUCUCUCAACAGACUGCUGAGCCAAAGAAACAGUACUUCAAAUCUGAAAAAACUGAAUCUAGCCAAUUUGAUGCCAAUGCUGCCGAAGUCCAAAGGAGAUUGCAAAGAGGUUUAGAUGAUGAUGAUGACGGUUGGUCAGAUGAUGAAAAUGCAGCUAAGGCUGCUGCUCCAGUUGUUCCAGCUCCAGUUGCCCCAACUAUUCCAAAUCAAUUAAAUGUAGAAGUUCCUGUUUCAAUUGCUCCACCUCCUCCAUCAAUUUCUACUGAAACAAGUGCACCAAUUCCAGUUGCUCCACCAAUUCCAAAUCAAUCAAAUGUAGAAGUUCCUGUUGCAAUGAUUCCACCUCCUCCAUCAAUUUCUACUGAAAAAAGUGCACCAAUUCCAAUUGCUCCACCACUUCCCCAAGUUAGUGUGUCAUUACCUGAUGUUAUAGCGGCUCCACCACCUUUACCUAAUAUAAAUGGUGGUGAAUCAGCUAUGGAUUCGGAUCAUGAUGACGUUCUCUCUAUUCCAGAAUCAGUAGAAUCUAAUGAUGCCAACUUCGAGUAA